CUCAGUUUGUAUGAUUUCUUAUCAAAUCAACAUAACACGAAAAAGUGACAGUUUUAUUAUUAUUGUUGGAGAAAUUUUUAACAAACAAUUAAAUUUCACAAAAAAUAAAUAAAAUAGAAUUACAAUUAAUCAAUGGCUACCAUACAAUAUAAUCUUGUAAUAUUCGCUUUGAUUUUAGCUUUAAUAAAUAGCUCGCUUGCCAUACAAGCACGAAGUGACCGUGAACAACAAGUUUCAGGAGCUGUGGCAUCAUCACGCACUGCUGACAACACCAAUGUCUAUCAUUAUUGGGGACCCAAAGUGUUGUGCUCCAUGUUACCCGAUGAUUUUAUAGAAUGCAAUAAACCUAUUGAUCAUAAACUGAAUAAAACCGCCAAAGAGGAAAAAGGUUAUGGUUGUCUUAAGUUUGGUGGCCUUAACUAUGAAGAUGUCGAACACACCAAGGUGCAGUGUACAGUCUUCCCUGAUAUAGAUUGCCAUGGCCCCAGGACAUUUCAACGUGAUGGUGUACCCUGUAUACGCUAUUCUGAACAUUAUUUCCUUACCACUUUGCUGUAUAGUUUGCUUUUGGGUUUCCUGGGUAUGGAUCGCUUUUGUUUGGGACAAACUGGUACGGCUGUGGGCAAACUGUUGACUUUGGGGGGUGUAGGCGUUUGGUGGGUAGUCGAUAUUAUUCUAUUGAUUACCAAUCGUUUGACACCAGAGGAUGGCAGUAAUUGGAAUCCCUAUGUCUAGCAUAGGUUUUUGUGGAAACGAGAAGGUGGUGCGUCGUCAGACAAUGUUGAUAGAUUCUAAGAGAUACUAAUGUGAUGUAUAUGUAUAUAUUUUUGUAUGUAUUAUUAAGGAUAUUUCUACAAAAUAUCUUGUUAAUUAUAAAUUAGUGUGUUAAGUUGUAUAAAAUUAAAUCAAAAUAUAUAAUUAUGUUAAACAAAAUACAGGAAUUAUUUAUAAAACAAAAUAAAAAUCUACUUUUUCAUUGAUUCUCAUGUAUUGCUUUAAAACAAAUACACACUCUGCCAACCAAAGCAGUUAUAUAUAGAGGCUACAAAAUCUAACUAAUCGUUUGUAAAUACAGCAGAGUCAGUUAUUAAAUUAACUCUGUCCAAC